GGGUGCAGGAAAUUUGUUUCAAAUUGCCUGAUAUCAGAUGUCCUCCAAGAGCUGAUACGAUAGUAGUUGAGGAUGAUACUGUGGUAACGUUGCAAUUUGGAAGUUCAUCGAUAUCAGAUCCCGAGGAAGAAACGGUGGUGGGAUUUGAUGAAAUGACGAUGAGGAUUGUGGGUCAGCUUAUUCUAAGAGGAGCAGGAUCGGGAUCUGAUGAAAUGCCGGGGGAGAUUGUGGAUCGUCUUAUUCGAGAAGGAGAACGAUGGAAGUCGGACCACUUGCAACUACAAUGGAAGGAGUGGAUGACGAAGUUGCACGACUUGCAACUAAGGCACGUCCCAAUUUCUUCUUUGGCAACCUGGUGGAAUUGGAUAUAUGGUGUCUUUGGCAAUGAACUACCAGCUGCCUUGAAAGAUCUCCCAUUAGAUCAUCAUCUUUCUUCAAAUAAUGUCAGAAAAGAUGUUGCAGACGCAGAUGGUUAUCAUCCCCGUUUGAUUGAUCCGGAACCAGGAUACAGGAGACUAAUUAAUGGAUUUCUAGGAUUCUUUAAGAGCCCAAAAGUUUCUGUUGAUACUGCAAUAUUCUGA